UUCCACUACCUCUGCCCUCUCUGUAUCUUGAUUAGAGGAUCCUGCUGUUGAGACGGCAGAAGAGGCUAAGGAACCAGCAGAAGCAGAUAUCAAUGAGCUUUGUAAGGAUAUGUUCAGCAAAAUGGCCACCUAUUUAACAGGUGAACUGACAGCCACAAGUGAAGACUACAAACUUCUGGAAAACAUGAACAAAUUGACCAGCUUGAAAUACCUGGAAAUGAAAGAUAUUGCUAUAAACAUUAGUCGGAACUUAAAAGACUUAAAUCAAAAAUAUGCUGCUCUUCAGCCAUACCUGGAACAGAUCAACCUCAUUGAGGAACAAGUGGCAGCUCUUGAGCAGGCAGCCUAUAAGUUGGAUGCGUAUUCAAAAAGACUUGAGAGCCAGAUGCACCCUGACAUCCUCAUCACUUAUGAGGAGGCCAAGAAAAUCCUGAUCGUGAAUGUCGCUAUACCCUUCAAGCAUCAAGCUUUCAAUGAUUCCUGGGAUCACAAGCAGAAGUACACCCCACUGACCAACAUCCUGAGGGGCUGCAGCUAUGAUGAGAUGGUCAAUAGACCUGGGCGAAGCAGCUAG